CUGCGGAAAAUCGUGCAGUUUUUCAGGAAGUUUCAUGCCGCCUAUGUUGAUGCAGUAACGAACCCGUUUCACAUUCCGGGUAAAAAGAUCAUAUAUAACAUCUUUGCUGAAAGAGUCGGUUCGAUGGACCUUGAUUUGAUUGCUGCUGUAAAAGGACUUGACGAGCUUAGCCCACAACAGCUUACGCAACUCAUCAGGGAUUCUGGAAACAAUAUUGCUGAAGUUGGAUCACACAUACAGGUUGACAUGGAAAAAUUCGCAAGAUAUCUUCCCUUACACCUAAUUGCAGCGAUAAUGGCCUGGGAAAUGGACAUUCAAGUAUUUUGUUUUGUGGAGUUCUUUUGUUACAUUCUAUGUGUGAUCUUGCUUCCCAGAAUUGAGCAGGUUAAUCAGAAGCUACUCUUGUUCAUAAUAUGUGCAUAUACUCUUCUGUUUUGUCCCAUUUCGCCAUCUGUUUUUCCUUACCCUGUUCUUGAUUGUAUGAGAUUUCAUAUCUUUAAUUUUCUCCUGGGUGCAUACAGACAGGGUUAUCAGAAUAUCACCAAUGAUAUGAUUCUCUUGCAUUCAGCCAUAAAAUUGCUAAUGGUUAUUGUCUCUCCUCAAUACCAAGAUGUUGCUCAAGUUUUGUCUGCCUAUUACAAAGAGGUAUGUGGCAAUGGAGGUGCUCUUGUACUGGAUGCUCGAAAUAAGAAAUGCACUUAUGGGGAAAGUAAAUCCUGGAUGAUGGAUCAAGGCUCAAUAACCGAAAAGCGAAACUUUCUCCGUGAGCCAUAUGAAGGGGAACAGUCUCGAGAGACAAGGCAGUUGGGCCACCGUUCACUCAAACUCACCCUUGAGCCCAAUCGAAGACUCCCGGGUCCAGCCCAAGUCAACAUGGAGCGCCAAAAAUGAGCACACGGACGACCCAUUUUCUGCUGAUGUUGCAAGGCCCGGUCCAUAAAUGAACUCAUGCGAUUGUGAGUUUCGGCUGAUUAUGCAACUACAUUGGUACUUGGCCUAAUCAUCAAAGGAAAUAAAUUACAAAUGGGCGGUACUUUUUAAUUUUCGUAAUUUUGUAGCCCGUCUCAUGUUGGUUUAUGAUCUAUGUGCAGAUCNAAAAAAA